GGCUGACACACAAAUGUUUGUGUGGACAGAUGGAGUUGCUUUCUAGUGACAGUCAACCACAAAAUAAAUAGAUAUUUAAAAAAUGGGAACAUAUAAACGUUUGCAGGAAGUGAGCAGCACAAACAAACGGCACAUCUUUGUGCGGUCUGUGCAGCACCAGGCCAAGAUCAAGUCUCUGAUGGACUACAUGCAGAACGUGGAGCAGAAGAAGAGACAGCUGGAGGAGAGCCAGGACGCUCUGACCGCUAAGCUGCAGGCUCACGAGAAAAGACACGAGAUGUCAGGAGAGGAGAAGGACAUCUGCAGACACCAUGGGGACAUAAAGAAAACUCUGGAGAACCACAGAGAGGCUCACCACAAACAGCUGAGCCCACUGAUGUUGGGUGCUCCUAAAUAG